UAAGUAAUUAAAUGAAAUUUCAGGAAAAGUUUACAAAAUUUGAUAUUCAAAAAGUUAAUUAUUUUGACCAUAAACCAAUCCCCAUAUUAGCUCUUGCUACAAAUAAUAGCAAUUUAUUAGCUAUAUUAAGAAAUGAGGGACCAAUAGAGAUUUGGAAAAUAAAGAAACAAUCUUUUUACUUAAUUAAAAAAGUAUACAAUCCACCUAAUUUCAUUGCUGAUUGUAUUUGUUGGUGUCAUGAGAGAUUAUUUGCAAGUGGAAUAACUGGACAAAUAUUAGAAUAUGAUAUCUAUAACAUUGAACCUAAAGCAAUUGUUAGUGGAAAUUCUGGAAGCAUUUGGUCUUUAAAAUUAGAUCAAUCACUAAAAUAUUUAUCAGCAGCAACUGAAGAUGGUGGUGUACUGAUAUAUGACAUAUCACUUGAUAAUUAUCCUAUUAAAUAUAUAGAAAAACUUUUACCAAUUUCUUCUAAUAAACAAUCCUUUUACAAACAUGACAGAAUAAAUUGUGUAUCUUGGUCAUAUGAUAAUUAUGAUAAAAAUCUUUUGGCCUUUUCAACUUUAUAUUCGCCUUCUAUAUCAAAAAUUGUUGAUGCUGAAGAUAUUAUACCUAUAGAAGACAAUAAUAAAAAAUUUAAAAAGAAGAAAGAACAAUUUAUCAGAAAUUUUGGCAAAAUAUUUAUAUGGGAUAUAAAUUUUUUAUAUGACUCUAAUUAUAUAGAUAAUUAUGUAGAUACUACUAAAAAUUCCAAAAAACAAGAUUUUACAAAGCACUAUAAAGUUAUUGAUUUGGAGUUUUUAGCAAGAGAAGAGCAUUAUCAUAUACAUUCUAAAGAUAAUAUUAUAAAUCAAACCUCUCUUUUCAUUAAUUGCAUGUUGUUUGUGGAUGAUAAUCAUACCUUAGUAACAGGUGAUAGUUAUGGACAUAUCAGAUUUUGGAACACUCAAACAUGUGACCUGGUGAAAGGUAUUAGAAUCCAUGAAGCAUCAGUUUUGACUAUGUGCAUUGAACAAAAAAAUUCCAAAUGUUUUUACGCCUCUGGCGUGGACCCUCUCAUUUUACAAUUCGAGAAAGCCGAAAAUGGUGAAUGGUUUAAAUCCAAUCAAAGACUCCUCCAUUCUAACGAUGUCAAAUGUCUCGUCCAUAUGAGCAAUUGGCUCAUAUCCGGUGGUCUAGAUACAAAGUUAGUUUUGAGCCGAUUUCCUCCUAAAACGAUUAUCGAGGUGCCUCACGUACCAUCUGUCCGUGAUUGCAAACUAACUAAUUGCGGCAAAUAUCUUUUACUUCAAUUCCUCAAUCAUUUGGAAAUUUGGGAACUGAGCCUUAUCAAGAUGGUUGACUCUGACGAUGGCAUAGAGAAUUUCGUAAAAAAUGCAGGAAGUGAAGACGAAUCAGAGUUACUGAACGGCAAAAGGAAAUGUGAUGAAGAACUGUCAUCUAGUUUCGAACAAUCAAUCAUCAAAAAAUCUACAAAACUUUUGGAACUUAGAACGAAUCCGGCGUUGAAAAUCCCUCUAGAAAUAAUCAGUUCGGAUAUUUCUUUCAAUGGCGAAUACUUGGCCUAUAACGACACCGUUAAAACACACGUUUAUCAAUUGUUCAAAAACAAAGCAGAGCAACUCGAACCUCAUAAGAUUCACUUCUCUGUCGCUCCCCUUCAGAACUCUCCCAAACAACCCAAAGGCUCUAAAAUCAAAUCCAACUUGCUCAAAUUCGUUAUGCUACCUGCACCUCUUGUCUCUCCUUCUUCUUCGCGGAAGGACUCUAAACCAUCUUUCGCCAAAAAGAAUGAUUCCAACGCUGGUGAUCGCUUCAACAACGCCUUACUAUUAGCCAUGUACGAUGCGAGCAUCAGAAUUUAUGACGAAUCAGAAAAUGAUAAGCUUAGUUUAACGAACUACAGAAUAAUAUCAAUUCCGCAUUUCGCCAAAAGACACGAUGGUACUAACGCGAGUUUUGGCGAGGAAAAUAAUGAAAAUGGGAAUAUAGGAAUAUGCGCCCUCGAAACUCGGAAGAACGCUUCUGAAGCUCUGAUAGCCGUAUCUUACUCUAGCGGAAGCGUUGUUAUACAUUCACUCAUUGAUUUAAAAGUAAUAUGGAGAUUGGACAGGAACGAAAUGCCUUGCUUUACCAUGUGUUUUCAUCCCACGAACUCUGAAAUAAUAUUAAUAUACCCCGAUAAUCAGAUCUGCGAAUACAAUUACAUCAGCGACAAGCCGACCGUUUGGUCUAGCAUAUUUAACGGUUUAACCUUACUCGACAACGAAGACGUUCCGAUCAUCAAGUACUCUUCAAAAUUUGCAUUUCCAUGGGCCGCUCUCAAGUCUUUAAAGAGCCGGAAGGGGAAAUCGAAAAAAAUCAAGCAAAAUGGCGAGGAAAAGACGCUUAUGAGUCAAGGCGAAUAUAAAUUUUCGUAUUCUUCGCUUAGGGGAGUCUUUUAUAAUCCGCAAAAUACGGGGCAACUUAUACUUUACGAUCUGGACACCAUUUACACCAUUAGUAAAAAGGGGUGUUGUAUGUCAAUACCCGAACAAAAACUAGAUGUGGUUGAGAUGGAAAAUAAAUAUCCUUCCAUUACAGAAAUCAAAAGAUACAAAUAUUUAACAUAUAUGGGAAUAAUAAACGAGGAAACCCUGCUAGUCGUUGAAACAAGUCCUGAAUCCAUCAUGGCCUCACUUCUUCCAGCUCUGAAAAAGAAGAAAUAUGGAACAUAAACCUUUUCUAAUCUAAUUAAAUUAAUUUUUUUCCCAUUUAAAAUUGAAAUAACUUAUAUCUGUGCAUAUUUUGCAAAUGAAAAAAAAAAUUACAACGGAAAACAUUCUGUACAUACAUAAGCUUUAUCGAAUAAAAAGUCUAAUUGAAAAAUAAAG